GCAACGAACUGAAAAGGCUACAAAGUAUUAACGUAUCCCAUUCCAAACAAACAAUCCAUUCUGAUUGCAUUGAUUUGACUUCGUUUCUUUUCUUAACAGUUAAACCGGAGAACUGACAAAUUUAGGUCGUGAAAACAUGAUGACUUCACUGUGCCCUACCCCAUAAAUCUACCGUUGCUUAUUCUUUCUUUCACUUUCUGUUUCCCUCGUGAGUCGUGCGACCAACCGACAAGAAAUUGUCCGGAAUAAACGUUUCUCACGUAAAGGCCUAACCUCAUGGGAUACACUGUGGCUUUGUUCGCUAGAAUAUGCCAAUCUAUAGUUAAAAAUACGUUACUCUUGCUUUAUCAACCGUCUCUGCUAUAGCAUGAACUCCUCCGUACAAGCUAUCGGUGUCUUGCUGGUAGGCUAUUCAUUAGACUACUUCAGAUAACCGAAGAAGCAUUGUUGCACUGUUCUGUAUGCGUAAUCUAGUUGACCAAGUACAGACAGAGAGAACUGCAGUGAAUCUAUUUUUUCUAAACAUGUUAGGCCUACGUCUUUGUUUGAUAUUGUGCUGUCCACUCAUACCUGUUGCAUGUCGAGUCCACUCAGCUAAAGAAGAACCACUGGCCAGCAAACCGCCCUUUCCAUGGAACAAAAUGCGGUUACCAGAAACCGUUAAACCGCUACAUUACGACCUCUUUAUUCACCCAAAUCUUACGUAUCUUAACUUUACGGGAAUUGUUCAGAUACAAAUAGACGUGCAAGAGGAAACCCGCGCCAUUAUUCUUCACAGUAAAGACCUCCACAUCAUCAGAGCAACUUUCCUGUCACCAGGUCACCAACGAAAUCUUAAUGUUUUAGACUUCCCAGCUUUCGAGCAAAUUGCAGUUGUAUCUGAUGACUUAAUCAGUAGGGAAGUGCAUGUCCUCAGUAUAGAAUUCUCAGCUAAUCUCUCUGAGAGUUUUCAUGGAUUUUAUAAAGGAUCAUACAAGACUAAGGAUGGAGAGACAAGGGUUAUGGCAUCAACGCAGUUUGAGCCCACCCAUGCCCGCCAAGCCUUCCCAUGCUUUGAUGAGCCUGCCUUCAAAGCAAACUUCACCAUAUGCGUACGCAGAGAACCCAGGCACAUUGUUGUGUCCAACAUGCCUAAGCUGAAGACUGUGGAGCAGCCAGGAGGUCUCUUGGAUGAUUACUUUGACACCAGCGUUAAAAUGAGCACCUACCUGGUGGCCUACAUCGUAUGUGAUUUCCUUUCCAUUCGAAAGACCACUCAGCAUGGAGUUGAGAUCUCAGUGUAUGCUGUUCCUGACAAAAUCGGCCAGGCAGAGUAUGCUUUAGAUACUGCUGUGAAGCUCCUUGACUUUUAUGAUGAUUACUUCAAUAUCCCGUAUCCUCUUCCCAAACAAGAUCUAGCAGCAAUCCCAGACUUCCAGUCCGGUGCCAUGGAAAACUGGGGUCUGACAACGUACAGGGAGUCAGGGCUCCUUUUUGAUCCAGAGAAAUCAUCACCUUCAGAUAAAAUGGGAAUAACAAAAGUCAUUGCCCAUGAAUUAGCCCAUCAGUGGUUUGGCAACUUGGUGACUAUGCAGUGGUGGAAUGACCUGUGGCUGAAUGAGGGCUUUGCCAAGUUUAUGGAGUUUAUGUCUGUUGACAUAACCCACCCAGAGCUGCAAGUGAACGACAACUUUCUGGGGAAGUGCUUCCAGGCCAUGGAGGUGGAUGCCCUGAGCUCCUCUCACCCCAUCUCCACCCCUGUGGAGAACCCAGCCGAGAUCAGAGAGAUGUUCGAUGACGUCUCCUACAGAAAGGGUGCAUGUGUUUUGAACAUGCUCAGGGACUUCCUGACUCCUGAGGGGUUUAAGAUUGGCAUCAUCCGAUACCUGAGGCGACACAGUUAUCAGAACACAGUCAAUGCCCACCUCUGGGAAAGCCUCUCCAGCGUCUGUCAUUCUGAUGAUGCAGAUCAGGGAAGAAUGAAAUUGGAUGGAUUUUGUGGUGGAGGCAAGAAUGGCGGAACCGAGCACUCUAAAUGGUUCAUGCAAGAUGAGCUGGAUGUGAAAGCCAUCAUGGACACAUGGACCCUGCAGGAGGGAUUUCCCAUGAUUACUGUGGAGGUCAAAGGUCGAGAAGUCAGACUGAGUCAGCAGAGGUAUCUGAAAGGGGAAGAUCCUGAUAAGACGUCAAGUUUCCUUUGGCAAGUUCCGCUUACUUACAUCACCAGUCACUCCAGCACGGUACAAAGGUUCCUGCUGAAGACCAAAAGAGAUGUGUUAUACCUGCCAGAGGAGGUGGAGUGGAUCAAGUUCAACGUGGACAUGAGAGGAUAUUACAUCGUCCAUUACGAGGCGGGGGGAUGGGACGCUCUGAUCAGGCUUCUGCAGCGUAACCACACGGCCCUCAGCAGCAACGACAGAGCCAGCCUCAUCAACAACAUCUUCCAGCUGGUCAGCAUAGGUAAGGUGCCACUGGACAAAGCUCUGGAGCUGACCCUGUACCUGAGCCAGGAGCAGGAGGUCAUGCCCGUGACACAGGGCUUCAGUGAGCUUGUCCCACUCUACAAGCUCAUGGAGAAACGGGACAUGGAGCAGCUGGAGAACACCAUGAAGGGUUACAUACUGAACCUGUUCCGAGGGCUCAUUGACAGACAGGACUGGAGUGAUGAAGGGACCGUGUCCCAGAGGAUUCUACGUAACUACCUACUGCUGUUCGCCUGUAUCCGACGCCAUCCGCCGGUAGUGACCAAGGCACAGCAGCUUUUCCAGCAGUGGACCGAGUCCAAUGGCACCAUGAGGUUGCCUAGCGAUGUGACUUUGGUCGUGUACACAGAGGGGGCUCGCAGUGAGAGUGGCUGGGACUUCCUCCUGCAGAAGUACCUACUCUCCAUGUCACCCUCAGAGAGAAGCAACAUCAAAGCUGCCCUCGCCUACAGCCCUGUGGUCGACAAGCUCCAGUGGAUGCUGGAGAAGAGUCUGGAGGGAGAAGUCCUGAAGACACAAGACCUGACCUCCCUGCUCGUAACCGUCAGUAGAAACCCCAAAGGAUUCAAACUCGCCUGGAACUUCACAAGGGCUCACUGGUACAAGCUGGUUAGCAAGUUUGAUUUGGGUUCUUCAGCCAUUUCACGCAUGGUGGUUGGCGUGACAGAUCAGUACUCUACACAGGAGAUGCUGGAGGAGGUGCGCAAGUUCUUUGGGUCACUACCUACUGAGGCAGGUUCCGAGCUGCGUUCAAUCCAACGGGCCCUGGAGACCAUCGAGGAGAACAUUCGCUGGACGGAUCGGAACCUUCCUUUGCUAAAAACGUGGCUGGACAGCAGACACGGCAUUUAAGCAUGUCUGGUUAGGCUGUUUAAAAACAUUAUGGAAGCCAGAUAACCAGACCGGAAACCAAAGAUUCUAGAACAGAGCUCUGUUCUAGAAUCUUUGCCGGAAACUAUUGGUCAGUGUGCCUCACGAAGAGAUCAAUCAAUCAAUCCUUAGGUCAUCAUCCAGCAGUUCAUUAACAAAUAGAGGCACUCAUCCCUAGCUACAGUAUAGCUGAGGGAUCUGGCAUAGUUGGAUAAAGCACUGGACACAACAGAGGGUGACAUCUCCACUGGUACUAUGAGGCUACUGUGUGGGAUGCGACCCACACAAGGUGUAUUCUUAGUUUAUUCUUCAAGCUAUGUGAAGAAUACCUACAUGAGUUGGGGAGAUGGGCACACCUUUUUUCGGUAGAAGGAGGGCCCUCUGACAGAUAUUGUGAUUGUGAUUUGAUUUGCAGUAGAUUUUUCUUCAAGCUUCAGUUCAAUUUUCUCUUUAAUAAAUUGCAGCCUUUGAGAAAUCUACUAGUUGUGCAACCCUAGCCUACAGCCAUUUUAGUUUUGAUAUAGUGCCCCUGUUUUGAGAAAUUGUUUGUGAAGAAUUAGUUUUACAGGUGUAAAUUGUUUUAAAUUAAGUUGUAACUUUACAUGUAAAUACUGUGUACAUUUGACAAUUGAGCUUGUCAAUAAAAAAAAAACACUGUUGAUCACAA